GAACUUAAUUAGUAACUGAAUAGAGAGAAAUCGAUAAGGGACGAAUUCAGAAUCAAUAAAAUACGAUUUUUUUUAAUUACGGGACGAAUUGGGAAUCGAUUAAACCCGAAUUAUUUAUGUUAGGGACGAGUUGGGAAUCAAUUAAAAAUGAGAAAUUUCUUAAUUGAUUAAUUAGGGACGAAUCGGGAGUAAACCUUCUGUUUAUAUAUCAGAUACAGACAAUCAUCGUGUAAUGAAAUGGAGAAAAGAUGCAAAAGAAGGAAUUAUUGUUGCUGGUGGAAAUGGUCAAGGAAAUAGUCUCAGUCAAUUGUCUUAUCCUCAAGGAGUGAUUGUUGAUCAUUUGGGUCAAAUCUACGUGGCCGAUCAAUGGAAUCAUCGAGUAAUGCGCUGGUGUGAAGGUGAUAAAGAAGGUAAAAUUGUUGUUGGUGGAAAUGGUAAAGGAAAUCAAUCAAGUCAAUUAAAUUGUCCUACAGGUUUAUCAUUUGAUUAUGAAGAAAAUCUUUAUGUUAUUGAUCGCGAAAAUCAUCGAAUCCAAAAAUAUGAAAAAAUUUGA